CCCUCCGACCAUAUUCUCAUUUUCCACUGCGCCAUGUCCCUUAGAACAUGGAGGAAAUUAUGGCAGCUUUCCCUUCAACAACUUCUCUCUCUUACUCUGUUUCAAUUCCACCAUAAAAGUUCUUGAACACAACCACCAAACACUGCCUUUCCUUGGCUCCCAUGGCAAUUGCCAACAACCCCAUCAUCAUUCCAAAUUGAGAAACCCAAUAUUAGGAGAAAGGAAAAGUUCCUUGCAAUGAUUGCAAUCAAAUCUACGUAGAAAAGCAGCCAAAAUUUUCCAUACUACUUUCCCUCAAAUUCCAUUUGCACUGACAAAAAAAUUUUCCCCAGAAAGAGAGAGGGGGAAAUGGAAAUUGAACUGGCCAAGUGUGAGUGCUGUGGGUUGAAAGAAGACUGCACCCAAGACUACAUUAGUGAGGUGAAGGCCAAAUUUGAGGGGAAAUGGCUAUGUGGGUUGUGCUCUGAAGCUGUGAGCGAUGAGGUUAGUGCAGGGAAGAAGCCAUAUGAGAUGGAAGAAGCUCUCAAGGCCCACAUGUCGUUCUGCAGGAAAUUCAAGUUGAACCCUGCGGUCCGGGUGGCCGAUGGGAUGCGGCAGAUGCUACGGAGAAGGUCGGGCGAUUCGGCUUCGCCGCUCAAUUCGCCAUCGCCUUCUAAGAAGUACACGAGAUCGGCGAGCACAUCGCAAGUAGAAAAGAAGUCAUCGUCGCUCCCACUUUACUAGACAAAACAGGGGGAGUGGCCUCUUGGCUGGAAUAAUAUGGUCAACUGCUUUUUCAUGGCUAACUGUGGUACAGAAGAUGAUGUUAUUUUUCAGUGGAGACUUCUUCUUCUUAGUUUUGUUUUCCAAUCUUAGUCUCCUCCCUCUCGGUACGGGGUAUGCUGUCUUCUUCUUCUCCUCUCCAGAAAGACAAAUAUUUUUUUGGGGAAGUGGCUUUUAAUUAACCCUGCUGAUCAGUUGUCAUUUUU